GCUCCCCUGCCAGGCUGAAAAGAAUGCAGUUGUCCUUUCCACGCAGAAAGACAAGGGACAUAAGACACAAGGAAUCCUGGAACAAAUAAGACUCUUUAGACUCGGAGACACGAAAGACACGCCGGUUAUUUUAAUGACAAGAAAACAAAGCGUCGAAAAAGAAGAAGAGGAAGAAGAGGAAGAAGAGAGUGGGCGAGAGUGGGAGGUCCAGUGCGCGCCCAUGCUGGGCUUUUGAGGUGUCCUUGUCAGACUGCAGUCGGUUCCUGUAGUCAGUAUCUUCAUGGAGGGGGUUCCCGUCCACUGACCGAGAAGGACGAUUGUCGGCAUCAGCAGCCAUGUCUGCCUGCGGCACAUUCACGGAACAUGUGUGGAAACCCGGCGAGUGCAAGAACUGCUUCCAGCCAAAGAGUCUGCAUUCCCCUGUUCUGAGUGGCGGGGAGAAGCUCCGGUCCGAACAGAGACUUCCGAUGCAGCGGCAUAAUCUGCCCCAUGACGGGACCAAGGCCAGCUCUAGUCUUGCCAACAACAACUCCCAGAAGGCUGGUGCCCACUCCGGACAGUUCCGUCCACCGGUGGCGAAGAAGCCCACCAUUGCUGUCAAGCCCACUAUGAUGCCUCUGUGCUCUUCAUCAGGGUCGGGUCCGGCAAACGUUCCAGAAGCAGGCAAAACGUCAGCCUUCAAAGUGUGGAAUUGCAAUGGAGUCAACUGUAAGAGGACUUACUGUUCCAACAGUGAAGGGCACGACGCUAUCAGUGAGAUUGAGGGCUACGAGCAGCUUAGUCCGAGGACCCAGAGUGGAAAUAACAACAACAGCGGACUGACCGAUGUCUUAAAAGAGAUUGCGGGAUUAGACCCCGGCCAUAGCCUAUCACUUGUCUCAAAGGACUUGUUUUGGGGGCGGAUCAGUAGCUCGUAUCGCAGGUCGCUGGAAAGGGGCGUCCCGGCUGCUAGCUGUUUGGCUAUGGGAAGUUGCACCAGCGGUAGCGGAAGCAGCCAAAAGCGGGUAUCCCUUAGCGAUAGCACAGAGGUCAUCAGCACAGAAGGCGGGCGCUUUUGCUACCCCGAAUUUUCGAGUGAGGGGGAAGACGAUGAAGAGGACGAGGAAGAGGAUGAAAGAGACCACGAGCACGAGAGCUGGGACGAAAGUGAUGAAGAGUUACUCGCCAUGGAGAUCCGCAUGAGAGGCCAGCCGCGAUUUGCACACUUCCGAGCUGCCACGUUGUCCCCGGUGCCCUUUGCCGCAGGCAAAAAGUGGAACACCGUCCCACUUCGCAAUCGUUCUUUACAACGGAUUUGUGCAGUGGACUACGAUGACACCUACGAUGAAAUUUUGAAUGGGUACACCUCCGUAGAUUCCACUGGAGCCAUUCUGCCUUAUGGCCCUCACGCCAGUCAGGGAAGCGCUUUCCUUGCAAAUUCAGAGCCCACAAUUUCUCCUGGAUCCUCGUCAUCCCCCCCCGAGGACUCACAGACCGCAUCCAGCAGCGAGAGCAGUAUCUCCUACGUUGAUGGAAAUGGAUUGCAGUCCUCCACCCAGUCACGUCCGGUCAAAUCCCCCGUACCUUGUACUUCUCAUGCAAAAGAAGAGCCGGCCCACGGAGCACCGGGUCCUGUCAAGGUUCCAGAGACUCACAAGGCUGUUCUGGCCAUCAGAUUAGAUGAUCAGGAUCCGUUGGCAUCGAUGCCCCAGGCCCUUCCAGGUCAACCAGUGACUAUCAGUUUCAGUCCCACAGAGGAACAGGCUAAACCGUACCGUGUUGUGAAUUUGGAAAAGUCCGUUAUCUGUAAACCUUACACCGUUGUGGACGUGUCAGCUUCCAUGACCAAGAAAGAUGAGCAGAUAGCCCACUCUGCCCCAAAGCACACGAACCAGUCAGUACCAUGUUGUGCCACUUCUGUGGGUCACCCGUUGGCUUCCCCUUCUGACGGGUUAGCAACCUCGGUUGCACACUCUCAUGUGUCCAGAAGGAAACUAGGGAGCAUGCGUUACCAGGAAGUAUGGACGUCGAGCACAAGUCCUCGCCAAAAGAUCCCCAAAGUUGAUCUGGGGAACGGGAGGACCACCGGCCAGUCCAUAAACUCUCAACACUUCAGCCACAAAUCAGCUCCUACAUCUCCAGUGGCUGGGCUGUCUUCUUCCCGAAGCGUGGCCGCCAACUCGCCCAAUUUAGCGGAGAUCAAGUUCAACAGUUUCAACAAUGCAGGCAUGCCUCCUUUCCCCAUCAUCAUCCGAGACGAGCCAGCAUACGCCCGCAGCUCCAAGAACGCCGUCAAGGUGCCAAUUGUUAUCAAUCCAAGCGCUUAUGACAAUUUAGCCGUGUACAAGAGUUUCCUGGGUCUCAGUGGGCAGCUGACGCAGGGGAAAGGGGGCGGCAGUCGGGCCACCAGCCAUACCUACGAAGAGAUUGGAUCCUCCGAGAGUUUCCAGUCCGCCUCGACAGACAAAACCCUCUCUGGCAGGGACACGUUUGAGAAAGCAUCUUUGGAAGAUUCCAAAGCAUCGCUCCAAGUGGGAGUAAAAGCACCCAACCUGCAACCCAGGACCGCUGCAGACCCGCUCACUGGGACUGGCGCUGCCUUGAACCCGUUUUCACCCACUGCUAAAAGUAGCCUUGUUGCGCUAGCACGCAGUUGCAGUAAGGAUAAUGAUGCAGAACAAUCUUCUGGUGGAGUCGUGGAGGCCAGUGCUGUGCUCUCACAGAUAGUGGCCUCCAUCCAGCCUCCCCGCUCUCCUCCAGAGUCACCUUCAGCCCGUGAGAAAUCUUUUAGUUCUGAGGAACUGUACGCCCUUCCGCCGGAUGCCAUGAGAGAAACCCUCACCAGACCCGCGUCUCUUCUCUCCACAAAUGACGCAAGUGUUUCCAAGCCCGUGAAAAGUACGCUCUCCAAAGUUCUGUCCAAAUCUCAGAGCGCCUCUGCUGCCCUCCCCCUUUGCACCAGCAGGUCAGAGCCAAACGCCCCGUUCCCCCCACCCAGGUCUACAUCGUCCCCUUAUCAUGCUUCAAACAUCCUCCAGAGACAUUUUAGCAACUGGGCCAAGAGCUCUGCCUUCAGUUCUCCUGUGCGCCCCAGUGAAGGCGAAAGCAGCUUGAGUGGGGAGCGGCGUAAUCCACCAGAGAGCUCCAAACCCAAACGCUGGAUCUCCUUUAAGAGCUUUUUCCGUCGACGAAAAGACGAGGAUGAGCAGAAAGAGAAGUCAGAGAAAGAAAAAGAGAAAGGCAAGUUGUUGGGCCUGGAUGGGACCGUGAUCCAUAUUCUCCCGCCUCCACCGAGUCAGCAGCAGCACUGGUUCUCUGAGGCCAAACCCCAGGAUCCUUCACAGAAACCAACCAUCGUGUUUGCCUAUAAAAAGGAAGGUGGUGGUCCUGCUGGUGGACAAGGAGAACUACAAGUAGAAGAAUGCCGGGAGACUGCACCUCUGACACCUAACCCCCACCAGGAGGCCGGACCUUUGAGCCCGGGCCCACCAGUAACAACAGAGGCCCCCGGAGCCGCUCCCGUCAGUGACAUAAGCCAGGUACCAGUCAGCGCCGGCCAUGCCAGGGACGGGGAGCUGCCCGCUGCUACCCCCCUCGCCACCAGAGUCCAUCUGGGGCCGGCGUUGGGGGAGGCUGGCCGAUUCAGCGCCAGCCUCGGGGAACCAGAGGAUGAGGGGAAUCGGUCCCGUCGCUCGCACUCGCCGGCCUCCAGCCAGGGCAGCGCCACCUACAGCAACCUUGGCCAAUCAAGAGCCAACAUGAUUCCACCGAAACAGCCCCGGAACAUGAAGGCGUCCAACGACACCCUGGCUUCCAUUGACCUGGAAGGCCUCAUCGACCAGCCGCUCCCCAAAUCCACACCCCCACCCCUGCCGAAAAAGGCGGUCAGCCGCUCCAGCACAGAGCCCAGCCUGGGCGGCAAGGAGCCCCUCCCGUGUGCCUUCAGACCUCGGCUGGAGGCCAAACCUGGCGGCACCCACCUGAGCGUCGCCAAUCCGCUCUACGACUUGGACACGGCCUGGGAGACGGCCAGUCAGAGCUCCUCGCUCGGCUCUGAGCCUCAUCCACCUCACGGCCGGCAGAGCGGCGACUCCCUGGAGUGUCUGUCAGCCUCCAUGGUCAAGGCCCGCCCCGCUACAAGCGUGUCCUCGUUGGUCACACCAUCUGCCACCACCGCCACCAGGGAGAGGAAAGCGUACCCGAGUACCGAGUCUCUCCCCGGGCAGAGUCGCAAAGCGGGUCAAGACGCCGCCGCUACCAAGCACCAGAGGUCUGCUCUGUACCGGGGCUUGGACAGCUGGGACGAGGUGGUGGGCAGGAUCAGGUGCCUUCACACGGACACCCUGAGGAAGCUGGCAUCCAAAUGCGAGGAUCGUUUCAUGGCCGGCCAAAAGGACCACUUGAGGUUCGGGACUGACAGCUGGUCCCACUUCAGGCUGACGACAGGGAGGCCCUGCUGCGAGGCCGGAGACGCCGUGUACUAUACCGCCUCGUACGCCAAGGACCCGCUGGUCAGCUACGCCAUCAAGAUCUGCCGGAGCAAAGUCAAGGAGACCCAGCAGCAGUUGGUCCACAGUCUGGCUGUAAGGCAGAGCCUGGCCCUCCACUUCAACAUCCAGCAGGACUGUGGACACUUUCUGGCCGAUGUCCCCAGCCGCCUGCUGCCCUGGGAGGAGGAGGAGGAGGAAGAGGAGGAGGCACGAGAGGAAGAGGUGGAGGAGAAGGCCGGGACGGAAGAUGGAGAAGUUGAAACAGAGUCUCCAAAUGGUGAAUCGGCGGAAAGUUCAGCUGCUGUCGUCAUGAGCGGCGCCGGCCACUUGAGGAGCCGAGUGGUGGUCAUCACGCGCGAGGUGCCGUUCCAAACGGUGGCCGACUUUGUCCACCAAGGCGCAUCCCAGCACAGCCAAAACCCCGAGGUUUACGAGCGGCAGGUGUGCCUCCUGCUGCUCCAGCUGUGCUCGGGCCUGGAGCACAUGAAGCCUUAUCACGUGACCCACUGCGACCUGCGCUUGGAGAACCUGCUGCUGGUCCACUGCCAGCCCGGCCCCGAUCCCCUGGAACCCAACAACAACAACAACAAUGGCAGCGACUCCGCCAGCGCCACCCACGUCGCCGGCCCUGCCCGUCUCAUCAUCAGCAACUUUUCCCAAGCCAAACAGAAGAGCGCUCUCAUGGCUGCCGACCCCGGGGCUCUGAGGGACCACUCUCGGCUGGCUCCUGAGAUCAUCACGUCCACCCAGUUCCGCAAGUGCGAUGAGUUCCAGACGGGCAUUCUCAUCUAUGAGAUGCUACACCAGCAGAACCCUUUUGAGGAGACGCCGGAACUGAAGGAACGAGAGUACACCUGGGCGGACCUGCCCCCCUUCCCGGUGCGAUCGCUGUACUCGCGGGGCCUGCAGCAGCUGGCCCGCUUACUGCUCACCGUCAACCCCUCUGAAAGGAUCCGUAUGUCCGACGCACGGGCCUGCCUGCAAUGUCUGCUCUGGGGGCCCCGGGAGGACUUGUUCCUGGCUCUGGGCUGCGGCAGCUCGGGCUCCGUAACGGCGGCCACCCUCCAGAACUGGCUGGACCUGAAGCGCACGCUGAUGAUGAUCAGGUUCGCUGAGCGCUCCAUGGAGUCCGCAUGCGGUGUGAGCUUGGAGGACUGGCUCUGCUGCCAGUACUUGGCUUUUGCCACCACCGAGAGCCUGAACCGGGUGGUGCACAUCCUGCAGCAGCAGAACCACAAUAGUCCAGCGCACACCUUUCACAGGACUCAGUCGCAGCCGUUAUGAGUUCCUUGGGGGUGGACUUCCUCCCUGCGUGCUGUCCUUGUGCACAUGCUCACGUUAGCGUCCUGAUUUAGCAGACAUAGUAUACAUACAUAUAUAUAUAUAUAUAUAUAUAUAUAUAUAUAUAUAUAUCACAUGCUUUUACUUUUCCAAUUUCCAAAUGGGAAUACAGCAUCUUUAACAGGCCCCCUAGUGGCUGCCCUUUGGUUCCCCGGGAAUUUGGGCUGUGAAAAAUAUCUUCAUGGCACACGGGCUGCAGGGCCCCCGCCUUUUGUCCACUCAUCAUCACGCGUAUCAUAUCAUCUAUUAGCACGGAAAUAUCAGCCGCUUGUUUGCUCCCAGUGAUGCCGCUCACAUGCAACCCUUGAACGCAACCCUUGAACGCAACCUAACCAACGUGACGCCUACGUACUUUUACCAUUUCUUUCACCGUUUCUACCUAUAUGCUGUGUAUACUUUUACCAUUUGUUGUAUGCGUUUACCAUUUCUCCCUAUACUCUAGGCCUACGUUUACCAUUUCUACCGAUAUGCUGUGUAUACCUUUAGCAUCUGUACCUAUAUGCUGUGUAUACUUUUAGCAUCUGUACCUAUAUGCUAAGUAUACUUGUAGCAUUUCUGCCCAUACGUAUACGUUACCAUUCGUAAGGCUGUGGACUAGCACGGGUGAAACCACUGCAAACCUUUUCCUGCUUGUCUUGGGAAGGUUGGGACGGCGUGGAUGCUGUGGAUGCUGUGGAUGCUGUGGAUGCUGUGGAUGCUGUUUCUCCAGGAGGGUGAAGACGUGGUCAUGUGACUGUCACGGAGGUUAUGGAAAGCAAAGAAGGAAUUUAUUGAAAAGGUAAAGAGUACGUCAACCACUUCAGUCUCGCCGCUUGCUCUUACUUUCUUACAACUCCUGAUGUCUUCAUCAUUUCAUGUGCUGUUUGAAGUACUUCAUUAUUGUAUACCGAGGUCAUUCAUUGGAGUACUAACCAUCAAAGUGCUAGUACCAGUGCUAGUACUUGGAUGGAUGUGAUGAUCCAUAAAGGGAAAGUGUAAGGAUUUGAUACCAAAGAAUGUGUGGAGAGCACCGACGUGUACUGCUGUGUACUGCUGUGUACUGCUGUGUACUGCUGUGUACUAUGUCUAUACAGUAUACAGUACGUAGGUCAUAGGUCAUGUAUUUGAUCGUUCACCUUUGAUCUUUGGUCCAAUGUUGAGCGAGCGUGGAAGGAAUGUUUGAGAGGAAUUAUCCACAUAUUCCAAAAUAUGAAAGUGCAGUAAACCAUCACUUCAAAAACACGAUCACCGCCCACUUGGAAGAAAUCACAACCAAAACUAUGGUUUUUAUUUGGAUUUGAACAUGAGGAAAUGUGUGUAUUUGUACUUGGGCAGCUCAGUACUGCAAGUGUUUAUACUGACUGGGGUUUUGUACACGGUAGCAUGAUGAUGAUGACGGUGGUCGCCUUGAAGAAGAAUAAAUAUAUAUUUUGAUA